AAUAUAUAUAUAUAGGAGCCUUAUCCGAAUUUUGCAACUUUUUUCUUACUCCCAUUUUCUUCGAGCUUAAGCUUGGCUAAGCUGUGUCUUGGUGCCGGGAAAGGAUUGUCCAGAAACUGGAGGAUUUGAUCGUUCCAUUUUACGUUGCUAGAUUGAUGUCAAGUUGAAGGAUUUGUCGUGAUUUGAUUGUGAUAUAUUUUUUUUUCGAUAAUUCAUCGCCGGAGUUCGAGAUUGGAAGCUCAUUGAUUUUCUCUGCAGUAAAUCGGUUCGAUCUUACCUGAAUUGCUUCCGAUUUCAAUUUUAGGAACCAGUGGCUGUCAAGGUAAUAUGACUGAUAACUACAGCCACGGAAGUGUAAGCUCAAGCUCAAGUUUGAAUAGCAGCUUUCAGGAAACUGAGGAUGAUCGUACAUUUGCCAGAACCUCGGCAGAGGAAGAAAAAUUGAAGUUUGAUAACAAGCUCGGGAAGAGACUAUCCCAUCUGGAUUCCAUCCCUCAUACUCCUCGGGUUAAUGGGGAGAUACCAAACGUGAAUGAUGCAACCCUAGACCACGAACGGCUGUCAGGAAGACUGGCCACAUAUGGUUUAGCGGAGCUACAGAUAGAAGGUGACGGGAAUUGCCAGUUUCGAGCAUUAGCAGAUCAAUUAUUUCGAAAUCCUGAUUACCACAAGCAUGUAAGAAAGGCAGUCAUCAAACAGUUAAAGAAAUUCAGAAAACUAUAUGAAGGCUACGUUCCAAUGAAGUACAAAAGCUACCUCAAGAAGAUGAAAAAAUCAGGUGAAUGGGGAGAUCACGUUACUCUACAAGCAGCUGCGGACAGAUUUGAUGCAAAGAUCUGCUUAGUCACAUCUUUCCGAGACACCUGUUAUAUUGAGAUCCUUCCCAAAGACGAUAGUCCCAACAAAGAACUUUGGCUGAGCUUUUGGUGUGAAGUGCAUUAUAAUUCGUUGUAUGCCAGUGGAGAUCUUCCUACCAGAACACCUAGAAGAAGGCAUUGGCUUUCGAUUUUCUAGAGUAAUCAAACAGUAUCAUCACCACCCCGUUUCGACUUCCCCGACCGCCCACCGGUGUAUGGAAAUCUCGGAAAGUGGCUAACACGAAGAUGCCAUAUAGUUCUUCAAUACAAAAUGAUUGUUUUGUUACACUAUGGACAGAAAAGUAGCUCAGCAGACUCGUGGAACAGUAUAUAAAAGCUGUAAGCAUAGGUAUUUAUACACACAAACUAUAAAAGGUUAGGAAAUUUAUGCAUUCCAGAUUCUCUUAUUUGUUUAGUAUAGUUUUGUAAGAACAUUAUGGUUGAAUGUUUAGCUGUUCAUCGCUCAUGACAGUCAUUUUCUUGACAAGC